AUGUAUGCAAUUGUUGCUGUUUGUCUUAUCUGUUUCUUUCCUCUGUGCACAUCUCUCAAUUGCUACUCUUGUUCAUCAGGAAGUUCAGGAUGUAAUGAUCCAUUUAGUUCUUCGGGCUCGGGCGUCUCUACAACAGGAUCUAUAUCAUCCAACACGUAUUGCGUGAAAUAUCAACUGCUCAAUACGGUCUCGCGCUAUGGUGCAUCAUCAUGCACGCCUGUGUCAUUCUCGACUAACUCAGGCUAUACUUCAGGGGUAGGAUGCUGUCAAUCGGAUCUUUGUAAUGGAGCCCUAUGCCUAAUCUUGCUGACUACUCUUCUGACGAUUGCUGAGAUUGUUGAAAGCGGUCGUAUAGAUUGGUCUAUAGAGAAGAAUGCAUCAUUCUGGAAUGAACAAGCACGUUUGGAUAUUGAGCAAAUACUUACUCGAAAAGAGAAUAGACGAGUAGCGAAAAAUGUCAUAUUAUUUCUUGGUGAUGGAAUGGGUAUUUCAACGAUCACUGCUGGCAGAAUACGCAAAGGACAAGUCAAUGGUCAAUUAGGCGAAGAUCAUAAUACUGAAAUGGAACAGUUUUUUAAUUUGGGUUUAGCAAAAACAUAUAACAUUGAUCAUCAGACACCAGAUUCUGCAGCGACUGCAACCGCUUUUCUUUGUGGUGUGAAAGCGCAGUUAGGUACGGUUGGACUCGAUGGGCGAGGAAUACGAAACAACUGUCCUAGUUCAAUCGGUACACAUGUCGACAGCAUUUUGGAUUGGGCACAGAAACUAGGGAAAAAAGUCGGCAUCAUCACCACUGCCCGUAUUACUCACGCAACACCCGCUGCAGCAUAUGCACAUGUACCAGAACGAAAUUGGGAAAGUUUUGACGGUCGGAAUUUCAAUGCAACUCAUGCAACAGAAGGCUGCACAGACAUUGCGCAUCAACUUGCCGCUAGGACUCCACCCAUAGAUCUAUUGUUAGGUGGUGGUCGUCAGUUUUUCUAUCCAACAACGACAUUCGAUAUUGAAUAUCCUUCCAAACGUGGUUCUCGUAUCGACAAUCGGUCUCUUAUUGAGGAGUUAUGGAAAGGGAAAUAUAUCUGGAAUAUGACAGAAAUGAAUAAAUUUGAACUUGGUUCGUCACAACCGUUAUUAGGUCUGUUCGAACCAAGUCAUAUGCGUUAUGAACUGAAUAGAAGCCAGAGCAAUGAUGAUGAGCCAAGCUUAUCCCGCAUGACUGAAUUCGCUAUCGAACAUUUUCUCAAAUCUGAGAAGGGUUUUAUGCUUCUUAUCGAAGGUGGCAGAAUCGAUCAUGCACAUCAUGAUACGCAGCCGCGAAAUGCUCUUGAUGAAUUUGUCGAAUUCGACAAUGCCGUUGGGCAAGCCAAGAGAACAUUACAGGCUAAGGGCGCUCUUGAUGAUACUCUGAUUGUUGUGACAGCAGAUCAUUCACAUGUAUUUACAAUGGGCGCUUAUUCAUCACGUGGUUCCAAUAUAUUAGGUUUUGGAUCAUUAGAAAGCAUGAAUAUAAGUAAUAUUGAUCAACUACCCGUUAAUAUCAUUGCUUACGGCAAUGGACCUAAUUUCAAUUCACCGCGAAACGCAACUUAUUUCAAUUCGCUAAAUACAAAUUCAACCGAUUACCGUGCACCCGCAGCGCUACCUUUGAGUGUUGAAACUCACGGUGGCGAAGAUGUCGCAGUUUAUGCUCAUGGCCCAUGGAGUCAUCUAUUUAUUGGUACCUACGAACAGCACACAAUUGCACAUAAAAUGGCUUACGCAGCAUGCUUAGGUGCCUAUGAAACUAGAGAUGGAUGCUCAAAAGCAUCAUCACCACGCUUGAUCAGCAAGUCGUUACUAGUUUUCUUUUUCCUAUUCUCGUUCUUUGAUGCGUUUCUUCAUACAACGAAUAAAUAG